AUGUCGCUGUACCACGAGGCGGCCCAGAUCCUUUUGGCAUCUUCAUCAGAAGGCGGCAGUCUCAAAUCCAGAGUCUUCAAUCGCAAGAAUAAACUCAAAUCUAAUCCAGGACAAGUUUACGCCCUGGUAUUAGAAAGCGCCAAAUGGAGUGCCGUCCUGAAAGAAGUGGUUGAAGGCGCGGAUGUUCUGCGGUCCGAGAAGAAGCUGACACCAGUCUUGGCAUUACUAUUAUCACACGACCUGCUUUUGUCAAAAGGAGGCGUGGCGCUUCCAAAGGACCAUGGCCUCCGUGUCUCGAUAGAACGACAUAAGGGCCGACUAACUUCGGAGCUCACAAGAGCGAGACUCCGACGAAAGGCCCCCUCAAUGGAACUGCUGAGGGAGCAGAUUGAACGGGAUGCGGCCGGCGAAGAAGCAAAUUAUCCCCGUUGGGUCCGUGUCAACGCCAUCAAGUCCAGUGUUGAAGACCAACUCGAGACAACCUUUGCAGGCUAUGGCCGCGCCGAGAGUAUCAGCGAGGUCAUCAAGAGUCACAAGAAGCAUGUCUUCCUGGACCCCCAUGUACCAAAUUUAUUAGCCAUUACCAGCGGCGUGGACUUGAGCAAAACACAGGCAUACGCUGACGGAAAGAUUAUUCUGCAAGACAAGGCCUCGUGUUUCCCAGCGUACUUGCUCGAUCCGCGAGCCGAGGAUGGCGACGUGGUUGAUGCCUGCGCUGCACCGGGGAACAAAACGACACACUUGGCCGCGAUAAUUCAUGAACAUAAACCCGAGUUCGAAGCACCAGCCCAAACCAUCUACGCCUUUGAGAAGGACUCACGGCGAGCAGGAACGCUGACCAAGAUGGUCAAGGUGGCCGGCUCGCAUAAGACUACUCGGAUCGGCUUCGGCCAGGACUUUCUACAGGUCGAUCCAAAGGCCGAACAGUACGCCCAAGUCGGUGCCAUGCUUCUAGACCCAAGUUGCUCCGGAAGUGGCAUUGUCGGCCGUGACUCUAUGCCAGAGCUACAUCUGCCGGAUGGCCCGGAGACAAAAGGUAAAGUAGGAAAGGCUUCUAAACCUAAAGGCAAGGAUGAGGAGGCCGCCACCAAGGGGAAGCGCAAGCACGACAAUAUGGAGGAGAAGACCGUGUUGAUCGACGACGAGGGCAACGAAACGGUUGUCAAGUCGGAGAGGGAUCUCGAGGCCCGCUUAGAGGCACUCUCGGGAUUCCAGCUGACGCUAUUGCUACAUGCGUUCCGUUUCCCUGCGGCCAAGCGAGUCACGUACUCAACAUGCUCAGUCCAUUCACAGGAGAACGAAACGGUGGUGAUGAAGGCUAUUGCUUCAGAUGUCGCUAAGCGCCGGGGGUGGCGUGUUCUUCGGCGUGACGAGCAGGUUCGCGGUAUGAGAGAAUGGCCGGUCCGGGGGCUGAAGGAAUCAUGCGACGGCGACGAAAGCAUAGCAGAGGGCUGUAUCCGGUCUUACAAGGAUGACGGCAUGGGGGUCAUGGGAUUCUUUGUGGCUGGCUUUAUCAGAGAGGGUGACCAAGACGAGAAGGAGGUAGAUGAGGAGGGGCCAUAUGUUCGAGACGAUGAUGGCGCCAUAAUUCGUGAUGUUACGGGUAUGCCUAUCUUGAAAUCUACGGGUGAGGCGGUUAGCCUUGUUGGCAGAGACUCGCCAGAUGCAGAAGAAGAAGAAGAAGAAGAAGUAGAAGACACGGCAGCGGAUGAAAGCCACGAUGAGGAUGAGGAAGAAGAGGAUGGUUGGGAGGGAUUUGACGAUUAG